AUGAGUGCCGGCGGGGCGUCGCGGCUACUUGGAAGCUCCAACAAAACGAUCGCAUGCAGAGACUCCGUAAAGGAGCGGCUCUCGCUUCUGCUUGGGCGGCCAAAGAGAAGGUCUCUGGAUCUGGGUUCGCUGCAACGCCUCCCGGCCACUGAGCUUGUCCAGGCCUGCCGCCAGGCCCGCCUGCACAUCCCACCUGGAUCAGAUCCAGAUCCGCACCUGCUGGCAUUAGCCCUGCAUGAAUGGUUGAAUGCGCCGGAGGCUGACACGGCACGGCGCGGCAGCGCCGCCAGUGGCUGGGAGCGACCUGCUUCACUUCACCAGUCCAAUUGGCUACGUCAGGCUGGCUUUGGAGCUAACGCCAAUGCCGCUGGCGGCAGUAUCAGCGGCGUUGCGCCCGUCGCAGCAAUACAGCCGGAGGUGGACGAUGAGGCGGCGGAAGCGGCUUUACACAUGGAGGCGGAGCGCCAGGCGGACGCGUUGUUUGAUGAGGAGCUGCGGCGACGGCUGCAGCAGGCUGCAGCAGCGGCGGCGGGGACGAGACCUGGCACUGCGUCCAUUGCUACCGGCGGCGGAGGCAACCAGGGGGAACUGCGGCCGUCGCUACAGCGCCAACUGCCUGUCCCGCCAGCACCACCGCGACAGUCGGCGGCGGAACUACAGCAACAGGAACCUUUCCAGCAGCAAACAACAGCGUCGCAAUCGCUGCCACCGCAGCAGCAGCAGCAGCUGGUUGGGGAGCGCUCAGUCGAUCGCCAUGAGUCCGCGUCCAUGUUGACGACGGACCUCCUGGCUGCAGUAGCUGCCGGGUCCGGCUCGAGCGCCGCAAGUAGCGCCAGCGGAUUGCUGUCGUCCCGCAUGGUCGGCGGCAAACCGGAUGACGGCUCUCUGUACGACUCGCCGCCGUCUAUGGGUCCUCCGCGUCCGUCGGAGGUGGUGGCGGCUGUUCGUCGCAGUCUGAGUCGUGCGGGCUACCAGGCGGGGGACAAGGACCCCACCACGCUGCGCAGUCUGCUGCUGCUGAGCAGGGGGGAGCUGAUGCGGCUUGUGGAGGCCUUCCACGGUGGCCGCCUUCUGGACACCACGGGUCAGAGCCGCGAGCAGCUGGCGACCAGACUGCUGGACAUGAUGGCGAUGACGAUGAGGGCCAACACGGACAGCAGAGCCGGAAGUAGCAGUAGCACUGCCAGUAGAAGCGGCAGCAGCACCCCAGGGGCAGCGGCAGGAGUGACUGGGAUCCAGCUCAAUCCACAAGCGGCGCAGGCAGCAGGGGAGGCAGAAAAGCCGGGAAGAGGGGGAGGGAGAGGGGAGAUGGGGAAUUGGAGUGGGAUGGCGGCGGGGAGUGAUCGUAGACGUGCGGUGACAUGGCUGCGUCAGGACGUGCGGGUAAUGGAGGAUGGUCGUGGUGGUGAGGAGGAGGAAGUGUGGGAUGAUGAUCGGGCGGCUCUGGGGGACCCACGGCGGAGGCAGGUGCUGGCGGCGGCGCGGCGGCGGCAGCAGCUCAUGGUGGCGGCGGCGCGGCCGGAGGAGAUUGCCACGUGGCUGGUCAAGGCGCGAGCGCAGGACGUGGUGGUGAUCUCGGAUUCAGAUUCCGAUGGGGAAGCCGGCAGCGGUACGACGGGCUCGGAAAUUGGUUUCGGCGUCGGAUCUGGGUCCAGGGUGUCGUACACGGUGCUGGCGACGGCGCUGUCGCAACGGCACGCAUACGCAUGUGCGGAGGCGGUUCGUUUUCAGGUUCGGGAGCGCCUGGAGGAAAUGAUGCUUGCCGGGUCUUAUUCUUCGGAAUCUCCUGACUCUAGAUCCGGAUCUAUGCACGGCGGAUCCACUGACAAGGCGGCUCUGGAGCAGUCCUUCCUGCGCGGUGGUGCUCCGUCUGUGUCGGGCUUCAACGGAGCAGACUGGCUAUCCUUGGAAGCAGGUCGCGUGCAGGUGCACGUGCUCACACCACAGGCACGUCGCUACUACCGAUUAGAGGAGCUGUUGGCGGGGCCCGGAUACGGCGAUAUCAGCCGCAGUAACCGCAGCAAUAGCCGGUUGAGAGAUCCGACAACUCGGUUGUCGGGACUGGGGGAACCUCGGGGCCUGGAUGGGCCUGCUGCCAGGCCCGGGCUGCAUGACCGUGAUCCGCCUGUACCGUCCGAGCGUGGUAUGCAGUCGUCUGGGGAGGCUUCCUCUCCUUCUCCGCCUCUUCCGGUGCGGCCCCGCAUGCGGCUGUUUGGGCCUGAUGCUGCGGGUGCUGAUGGUGGCCCGCUGCUGGACACCUUGGAAACUGCCAGGGUCGAGACGGUGGACGGGCCGUUAACGUCGUCCCAUGCGGGGAACGCAUAAGGAAGCCUGACCUCUGGCCCGCCACCAACUACCGCACUUCCGACCCGUCGUGUUGCGGGUGAUGCGUGGGGCCGUGGCGAGGGCGCACCGUCGCAGCUUUGAGAGGGCCGGACUCGGGCGGGGUGGGGUGCUGUUGUGUUGUGCAAAAAGCCGUGGUGUAGCUGACGGAUGCUGAUCGGAACUUGGGAAGGAAAGCGGGAUUGAGCUGCACUUCGUGCAUGGCUACGUAACUUGGUAGCACAAUAUGUAAAAAAUACUUUAGGUUGUGUUGCGUAUCUGUGUACUGUAGUGGAGUCGUAGUCAUGUGCGAAUAACCCAUGCGCCAGCAAAGGCGUGAGGGCAAUCAAGUAUGAAAUGCCAUGAAGGC